AUGCAUCAGAGAAAAUACACUCUUGAAAUCAUAUCUGAAGUUGGUCUUGGUGCUGCUAAACCAGCUUCAACUCCUUUUGAUCCAUAUGUACAGUUAACUACCAAGGAGUAUGAUGAACAAUAUGGGAUAAACAAGGAAGAUAAACUACUUGAAAAUCCAUCAGUUUACAGGAGAUUAGUUGGGAAACUGUUAUAUCUAAAUAUCACUCGACCUGACAUUACAUUUGCUACACAGACACUAAGUCAAUUCCUACAUCAACCUAAGCAGUCUCAUCUUAAUGCUGCUCUUAAAGUAGUCAAGUACAUCAAAGGUGAAGCAGGCCUGGGUGUGUUGUUUUCCAGCAAGAACAACAACCAACUAAAAGUCUACUGUGAUUCAGAUUGGGGGGCAUGCUUACACACAAGAAGAUCAGUUACAGGAUUUAUGGUGAAGCUGGGCGAGUCUCUCAUAUCAUGGAAAUCCAAGAAACAAGAAACAAUAUCGUGA